CCUGCCUCCGCCAUUUGUAACAACAUGGCGGUAAUGACAUCGCCUGCGAACGGUGCGCUCUUCUUGCUUCCAACAUCGACUUGGUAUCGCCUGUCCGUUUUAGGCGGUUUCGUAUCGGGCACCGGAGUAUGACAGCAGCGGUAUGAGGAGCUCCGCGGUGGCAGCGGAGGCGGCGGAAGAGGAAGAGUUUUACGAGUCGUUGGAUCGAAUCCUCUCGUCUUCCUGCUCUUCCACCUCCGCCUCCGACGACGACGCAGAUCGCCUCCGACGACGACGAGGUCCCCCCUUUGCGACCAGCUCGUAUGAUGUUUGGAUUUCCGACCUGUCCUCCGUGGAGGAGCGCCGCCGCCGGCUUUUCCAGCAGCUGGGACUAUCCGGACACCUUUCCCUCGCCCGGACUCAUCCCCCCGCCGAUGCAAGUGGGCCUACGGAAACGGUCGUGGAGGUUAAUCCACCCCGCCACGCGCAUGAUGGGAUCCCCAAACCGUCCUCCCCCACCGGUGUUGUAAUAUUCAGAUCCAGAUCAGAUGGCUCCCCUGGCCCCAAUCGUGCGGAGAUGGAGCCGCCGAAGCGGCGUGCGAUUUCGUUCGGAUCCGCGACGGCGGCCAAAGCUAAAAGGUCUUGGUUGCUGGAAGGCGGAAAGCACAAGAAAUUCGGCGGCGGAGAUCAGCAGCUAUGCACGAUCAGGAAUCUUGACGACGGGACGGAGUUCGUGGUGAAAGAGGUGACGGAGGGUGGGAUGUGGAACAAGUUGAAGGAGAUACGGACCGGGCAGCAGUUCACGAUGGAGGAAUUCGAGGUGUGGGUCGGCCAAUCCCCAAUCGUACAGGAGUUAAUGCGGAGACAAACCGUAGAGGAUCGCGGUAGCGGCGGCGGCAACGACGAGGACUGUGAUUCUGGGCUCGUCAAUGGUGGGUCAAAGUCAGGCACAGGCAAUUCGGAUGGCGCGAAGUCUAAGAAAAAGGGCGGCUGGCUAAAGACCGUCAAAAACAUGGCGAGCACUGUGUUCGGCGGAGUACGCCACCACCAGCGGGAAAGACGCAGUAGUGAUGAGAAAGACACAUCGCCCGAAAAGGUAGGGAGGAGGUCGAGCUCCGCAACUGAUGAUAGUUUGGAUGCGCCGCCUUCGCUCCAUCAUGUCCCAGAGCGGAUCAAGGUCCGACAGUAUGGAAAAGCCUGCAAGGAGCUAACUGGUCUGUACAUCAAUCAAGAGGUUAAGGCCCAUAAUGGUGCAAUCUGGAGCAUCAAAUUUAGCUUGGAUGCACGAUACCUUGCGAGUGGAGGUGAGGACUGUGUCGUUCAUGUUUGGGAGGUGGCUGAGUUGAAUAGGAAUGAGGAGUUGGCAGAGGAAAAGAUGGGGGAGAAUGACAAUUGCUAUCCUUUUGUGCCUCUAAUUGGUAAUAGAUCCCUAGAACCUGCAGAGACAGUGAACUGUGGAGACGGCAGUCAUCGGGUCAGUAAGAGAAGGUUAAGGGCCCUUAGCAGAGGGAAAUCUAUGAGCUCAGAACACUUGAUGAUGCCAGAGCAUGUUUUUGCUCUAUCAGAGAAGCCUACCUGCACCUUCACAGGGCAUACAGCAGAUGUCCUUGAUGUUUCCUGGUCCAAAUCUCAGUACCUGAUAUCAUCUUCAAUGGACAAAACAGUCAGAUUGUGGCACGUGUCAGAUAGUUCUUGUUUGAAAAUAUUUACCCACACUGACUAUGUGACCUGCAUUCAGUUUAAUCCCAUAGAUGACCGAUAUUUCAUCAGUGGAUCCCUAGAUAAGAAAGCCCGCAUUUGGAGCAUUCCAAAUAGGCAAAUAGUUGCUUGGAAUGAACUCCAUGAAAUGGUCACUGCUGCCUGCUUUACACCCAAUGGGCAGACUGCACUAGUGGGUACUCAUAGGGGUAGUUGCCACCUGUUUGACACUUCAGAGAAUAAGCUGCACAUCAAAAGCCAGAUUUACUUACAAGCAAAGAAAAGGAGGUCCAGGCAAAAGAAAAUUACUGGCUUUGAGUUUGUUCCAGGAAGUUCUUCAGAGGUUCUUAUCACAUCAGCAGACUCGAGAAUUCGUGCAGUUAAUGGGGUUGAUCUAAUUCACAAGUUUAAAGGUUUUCGUAACACAAGCAGCCAAAUCUCAGCCUCCAUGACUGCAAAUGGGAAGUAUGUUAUCUGUGCUAGUGAGGACUCCCACGUUUACAUGUGGAGAUACGAUGCUCAUUCUCAACCAAACAAGAGAAAAAGUGUAGUAGAUUCUACCGAGUCUUAUGAGCGCUUCCACUGUCAGAAUGUGACUGUAGCUAUUGCACUUCCAACCCCCAGUAGAGCUUCGUCAGGAUCGUCUGUGGGCCACAGCAAUCCACAAAUCUAUGAGAGUCUAUUUCACCAAGUUGCCCGCACAAACUCCAGUAGCUCACAUGAUCUGGAUACUUGGCCUGAGGAGAACUCACCAAACAAUGGGCCUAUCCCUGGAAACAACAGCAGUGAACUCUGCCAUGGAACUUUUUUGCAGCCGCAAAGCAGGUCAGCUUGGGGAAUGGUGAUUGUGACUGCUGGAAGAAGGGGUGAAAUAAAAAUCUAUCAAAAUUAUGGCUUACCACAAUGUGUGUCAAGGCAUUUGAUAUACUGAAUUUGACGAUUUGAAGUUGGAGUAAGCAAGAAUAGCCAGUUGUUGGUUACUCCAAUUUUGCAGUUGGGUCGUGGAUAGAUAGUUGCAUGGGCGAGAAAUUUCAGUUUUUUUUCCCGGCUUGAUUCUCACUCCCAACGUUCUUUUAUCCAUUCUUUUCACCUGAUAUUUGAUUAAGCAAAACACACACACACACACCUUGUAGAUCGAGUGCAAAGUGUAUGUAAUUCUGGUUGUUAUUCAGAGUUCCAAAUUGAACUGUUUCAUUUCUCGAUUUGUAUGUUUUCGAGACGAUCAAAAAGCCAGAAUUCUGGUUGAGAUAGUGAAAUCUUUUUGGUUUCCCCUUGUGUUCUGCAUCA